GUAGAUCAUCGGUCUGACAAUGAGUUUACUGGCCAGACUUAUUAGGAGAUCAAUUAGAAAUCCAUUCAAAUUAAAUAUAAAUAACAUUCACCCAUCUUAUACAAACUUCACAUAGAUUUCAAUUCCACAGCUUAUAGCAGAAUUAUCAUCCACGAUGGGUCGCGAAGAGGAACUGGAUAAACGUAUAGCCUUUACAGUGAGCGGGAAAGUUCAAGGGGUCAAUUUUCGCUGGUUUACACAGAAGAAAGCGAGGGCACUUGGAGUUGUUGGUUGGGUACGCAAUACAGAUGAUGGAAAGGUGAAAGGCGAAGCUCAAGGUUCUGCCUCUCAAAUCGAAGGUUUACGCGCAGAUCUCAAAGAAGGACCACCUCAUGCAAAUGUCACAGAGUACGAAGACAAGGAGCUGGAUCUCAAGGAGAAAGGAGUGGCCGAGGAGAGAUUUGAGGUUAUAAGAUAGUGGAUGUCGAGUUUGACGGAUUACAUAUGUGUCGGUCCAGAUAUCAAGCCAUGAAACAAUGAGGUGUCAGUCUAUUAAUGUUCAUCGCAACUUCCAACUCUCAUCAAAGGAAGUUUACUGGUGGCUGUAGACUGUAGACAGAUAGUUUACCAAGGUAGAUGGCGAGGCCGAAUUAUAAGAAAAAGGUCUCAGGAUGAUGUAAAGAAUACUUUAUGUGUGAUGAUAAUGAAGAGCCGAAUCUUUAUUACCACUGCCUGGCAUUUCUCCUAUCUUUUCUCUACUUAGCCUGCCUUUUCAAAGUAUCAAAAACUAUGUAUCUAGGUAGCUGUAGCUAGAAGUGCAGUCAGUCCACCGGAACCGCGAAUUAAAUUGUA